CCGUUCUAACCUCGCCGUCCGGUUUAUCCGGCUCCUGUACAGCAUCGACUAGCUUCUAAAGUAGUGUUGGCUGGCUUUUGUCCGGCAAUUUUGCCGUCCUGUUUACGAUGUCUUCGGCUGGCUUUAUUAUCUGAGUUGGUGAUGCUGUUUUAGGUGUUGUGUCACUUAAAAGAUGGAUUUCUCCGGCUUGUUUCUUUUGAGUUCUCGGUUUGUAGAAGUCUUUACAGAGAUAAUGUCUUAGUUUGAAGGAAAGAAGAAUCUUUCAAAGCAUAUUAUGAUUGUCUUAAAGCUAUUAGUUUCUUUUUAGAGUUUCGAUUAACUUAGCAACGGUGACAAACAAAGGAUUCAACGACCGAUUGUAUUUCGGCGAUGAUAUUCUCACCGGAAUCGAUGCUCAACGGCGAAGGUUGAUGUCGGAAUUCUUACGAUUACUCAUCCAGCAGCAUGUGUCGCGUUUGUAUCCAGUUGCUGACACGUGGGCUUGGGUGGAGUACAAACGAAUUUUCUUAUGCAGAAGGCAGUUAUCGGAUAGGCUCUUGUUGGGUCUCAAAUAUUUCUGUAAACUUUUUUGUGGGACUUUUAGUAUAGCCCAUGUAUGAUCCAGUUAUGUUUAAUACGAUACUACACUUGCG